AUUGUGAAUCUCGAAAAAAAUUUGACGAAACAAUUAUCGAAAAAGAAUUAUAACAAGUAGAGUCUCCUUGGUAGGCCUCUAUAUUUGUUGUAAAUCCUCCCCACCCAACCUAAUUAUAGGUGGUUUCAGAGUUAGGGCCAGGUAGGGUACCUCUUUAAUUUUGUUCAGAACUUCAAUAUCCCCUUGUCUAUAAAUACCUAGUUAACUAAAUUCACUUUGCAAUAUUCUCACAAGAAAGAACUAGUAACCUUGAGAAACACAUGGAUCAGAAAAUCACACAAAAUGGUUGCAUUUUCUCCAAAAGCAGUGGUGCAGUUGUUCCAGAACCAGAAAGGAAUGUUGUUCAGUUAAACACACUUUCCUCUCGCCAAAUGGACUCUCUUACUGCUCUUUGUGACACUUUUUUACCUUCAAUUCAUCCUAAUUCCUAUGGUCAUCAUCAUCAAGAAGCCAAUAUUGAUGAUUCUUUCAUUAAGUUCCUUCAAACUUCAGCAUCCAUGAAUGGAACUCCUCAACAUAUAGCAUGGAUGGUAAGCAACAGAUUGCAACAUCCUAAGCUGAACUUGUGCGUAUUAGCGCUAUGGCUAUUAUCAACAAGGAUUGGAACUUUCAUAAUUUGUGGUAAGCCAAGCUUGUCGAGCCAGUUUCCAUAUUUGCAGAGCUUUUCUAAGGUUUCACCAAACAAAAGAGAAGAAAUUGUAAAAUCAUGGGAAACAAGCUGGUUCAAACUCCUAAGGAUUCUCUUUUCUGGCUUGAAAAUUCUGGUUCUCCUGGUAUUCUUCACUCAGGUGAAUGAGAAAAGCCAGAAUCCAUCAUGGAAAGCACUUGGCUACUCUGGACCUGAUCCAGAUUUUAAGAAGCAAAAACAAGAAAACAUGGACCGUAAGAAAAGGGAUCAUCAACCAUUUGGACCACUUUAUGAAGGAAUCAUCAGUCUAAAAGAAUCACACAAAAUAACAUUUGAGAGGCUGCAAAAACUAGGAUUUUCUGUGUCAAAACCCCAUAAUUUGAAGAACAUAAAGAGAAGUACAGAGUCCCCUGAUUCCAUAAUUGAAUGUGAUGCUGUAGUAGUUGGUUCAGGUUCUGGUGGGGGAGUUAUAGCUGGUAUUCUUGCAAAUGCUGGACACAAAGUGCUUGUCCUAGAAAAAGGAAGUUAUCUUGCAAAAACAAACCUUUCACUUCUUGAAGGUCCUUCAAUGGAUCAAAUGUACCUUGGAAAUGGACUACUAGCAACCAAGGACAUGGAUAUUAUGCUACUUGCUGGAUCCACUGUUGGUGGUGGCUCAACGAUAAACUGGUCAGCUUCGAUUCAAACUCCACAACAUGUUCUAAAAGAAUGGUCCGAAAGCUACAAUCUUGAACUGUUUGAAAGUGAACUCUACAAGGGGGCUAUGAAGAUUGUGUGUGAAAAAAUGGGAGUUCAGUCUGAAAUUCAGGAUGAAGGGUUCCAAAACAUGAUAUUGCGAAAAGGGUGUCAAGAAUUGGGGUAUCCAGUGGAAACUGUUCCUACAAACGCGCCCUCGGAUCAUUAUUGUGGAUGGUGCAGCAUGGGUUGCAAAGACGGGAGAAAAAAAGGCGCAGCUGAGACAUGGCUAGUUGAUUUGGUGAAAUCGGGUAAUGGUGCAAUACUUCCUGAAUGUGAAGCCUUGGAAGUGAUCCAUGAAAAGAAGAAUGACAACUCAGGAAAAAGUAAAGCUAUUGGAGUUGCUUUUGCAUUUCAAAAUUAUGAAGGGGCGAGAAAAAUUUGCAUGGUGAAAUCAAAAGUCACAAUAGUAGCUUGUGGUGCUCUUAGCACUCCUUCAUUGCUCAAGAGAAGUGGCUUGAAGAAUCCAAAUAUUGGCAGAAACUUACACCUCCAUCCAGUCGUUAUCGCCUGGGGAUACUUUCCAGAUUCACAACCAAUAUCUAAUGAAAUAUGGCCAAAAGCAGAGAAGAAGAGUUAUGAAGGAGGAAUAAUAACAGCAAUGUCUAAAGUCAUGGCGAAUACCGAAGGAUCGGAAUAUGCUGCAAUCUUACAAACACCAGGAUUGCACCCUGGCAUGUUUUCAGCACUAAUGCCAUGGGUUUCAGGCCUAGAUAUUAAGAUGAGGAUGACCAAAUACUCAAGAACCGCGUAUAUUUUCGCGUUAGCAAGGGACAAGGGAUCAGGGGAAGCAUUCUCACCAUAUUCAGUAAGUUACAAGUUGGAUCAAAUUGAUGAAGAAAGUCUAAAACUAGGCUUAGAGAAGACAUUAAGAAUCUUGGCAGCUGCCGGUGCAGAAGAGAUCGGAACUCAACAUCGAAAAGGAAGGAGUUUGAAGGUGAAAGAAGCGAGUUUGAAGGAUUUUGAGAGGUUUGUGAAAGAAGAAAGUUCAAUAAGAAUUGGAAAACAUUCAGUUCCUAUAUGUUCAGCACAUCAAAUGGGAAGUUGUAGAAUGGGAAUUGAUCCAAGAACUUCAGUGGUUAAUUCUAAAGGGGAGACAUGGGAAGCAGAAGGUUUGUUUCUUGGUGAUUCAAGUGUGUUUCCAACUGCUCUUGGAGUGAAUCCAAUGGUCACAAUUCAGGCCAUUUCUUACUGCACUGCAAAAUCUGUGCUUCAAGUUCUUAAGAAUCAAAAGCUUGGGUAAAAAGGGAAGCAUGAAGAAUUAUUUUUGGAAAAUCUUGAAAAAGUUGUUUUUGUUUAUUUAUUUAUUAUGUGAUGUCUCUACCUUCCAGGCCUCAACUAAUGAGUUGAAGGCUAUAGUAAGCAUAUGGCAUAAGAUUCUUGGAGGAAUACAUAUAUCUUACCAAGUGUAAACGUCAAAAUUAUAUUCUAGUAAAUCUGUUAGUAAAUUGUGUUAUU